UAAUCGACCACCUAAUUUAGCGGAAUUGAUGCACAAGUUGAUUUUCAAGAAGGAGACAGAUAACACAGAGCUUGAGGAAGAUGAAAGCGUUGGUUGUGGGAUUGCUUUGUUUCGUCUUCAGGCCAGAGCCUACAGGGGCUCAGUUUCCUAGAGUGUGCUGCACGGUGGAGGGGAUCGUGUCCAAGCAGUGCUGCCCGUCUCAGGGCUCGGAUCCUGCUAACGUGUGUGGAAGUUUAUCAGGGAGAGGAAACUGCUCCAACAUCAGGGUGGACAGUAAACCCUGGGGAGGACCUUAUCGACUGAGAGACAGAGAUGACCGAGAGAGAUGGCCGACUAAGUUUUUCAAUCAAACUUGCAGGUGCUCAGGUAAUUUUGCUGGCAUUGACUGUGGCCAGUGUAAGUUUGGCUGGACAGGACCAAACUGCGACCAGAGAAAAGCCCCAGUGAUGAGGAAGAACAUCCACUCUCUGACACCAGCUGAGCUCCAGCAGUUCCUGGAUGUGUUGGACCUGGCCAAGACCACCACCCAGCCAGACUAUGUCAUCGCCACGCAGCACUGGCUGGGCCUCCUGGGACCCAAUGGAACCGAGCCUCAGUUCACCAACAUCUCCAUCUACGACUUCUUUGUCUGGCAGCACUACUACUCUGUCAGGGACACCCUCCUUGCACCUGGACGUCCAUACAAGGCCAUUGAUUUCUCCCAUAAGGGCCCAGCCUUCAUAACCUGGCACAGAUACCACCUCCUCAGCCUGGAGAGAGAGCUGCAGCGUUUAACAGGCAACGAGAACUUUGCUGUGCCGUACUGGAACUUUGCUACAGGCCAGAGUGAGUGUGACAUCUGCACAGACUCUCUCCUGGGAGGGCGGAACCCAGAAAACCCCUCCCUCAUCAGCAACCAGUCCAGGUUCUCCAACUGGGGUGUGGUGUGUAACAGUCCAGACGAAUACAACCAACUGGUGACUCUGUGUAACGGGACCAACGAGGGCUCCAUCAGGAGAGGUGUGGUGGAGAGGAACAACAUGAGUCUGCCCACCAUGAAUGACGUGAGGAGCUGCCUCUCCCUCAGGGACUUUGACAGCCCUCCCUACUUCACCAACUCCUCAUUCAGCUUCAGGAAUGCUCUUGAAGGUUAUGACAAACCAAAUGGAGAGCUUGACUCAUCGGUGGAUAACCUGCACAAUCUGGUCCACUCCUUCCUCAAUGGGACCAGUGGUCUGGCCCACUCUGCUGCCAAUGACCCCAUCUUCCUGGUGCUCCAUGCAUUCACGGAUGCCAUCUUUGAUGAGUGGAUGAAGAGGUUUGUUCCUACAAACUCCACCUACCCAGAUGAGAUGGCUCCUAUUGGCCACAACAGAGAUUUCAACAUGGUGCCCUUCUUCCCUCCAAUCACCAAUGAGGAGAUCUACGUGGCGGCUGAACAACUGGGCUACUCCUAUGCCAUUGCACUGGAAGAAACAGACAACGGUUUUGAUGUGCUUGUUUUGGGAUCUACAUUGGGAGGAGUUUUUAUAGGUUUGUUGGUUCUCCUUGUGGUGUUCCUGCUUUAUUUACGGGCACGAAGGAGAAGUGGCUUUGAACCACUUCUUAACUACUCCAACAGAAUGUACACAGAAUCUUCUUAAUAAUCUAUAAUUUUUAUUGGAGCCACUGUAUUUCUGAUAUAUUUUAAUACAAUUACACUAAUCCGUUCUUUUCUCUCUGAAAUACGCAAUGGUGUGCAAGCAACAAAAUGGUUCAAAUUUGACAGACAUGAUUAGUAUUUUAACAUUGUUACAAUUUCUAUCUUUCUGGUGCUCUUCAAAAGCGGUUUCAAAGUCUACAUCGUCCUGUCAUUUGAUAUUUGUCAUGCCAUCUCUGGAUCUCAGGGGGUGUUUUGCGUUAGAGGCCACAAAGUUUCACACUCGGUAAGUUGAGGGGGGGAUCAUUGUCAUGGCAGCAUCAAAAUUAACUGUUGGGAAGUGUGUUGUCAGCUCAGUGGCAUUUUUAAUUUACAGAUUGAAAUAGCAUAGACAGUUCACAACCUAUAAUUUACUGAAAUUACAUUUAAGGUG